GUGUGAGAGAGAGAGAGAGAGAGAGAGAGAGAGAGUGAACCAUUGAAUCACUGUAAAAGUUAGAGGCAGUAUUGAAGUCACUACUGUACCGUUUAGACAUAUUAAUGACAGCGGGCUGGACCUAGCUAACCUCUCGUCAGUGUGACUUAACCGCCUGCCUGUGGAAAUGAUCGAGUAAUUUAAGUGUGUGUGUGAUGGCAGAGCUCCCGUCUGGACUGCUGGAGGCAUGUGUAGUGGUUGGAGCCCCCAGUGAUAAGCUUGAGACAUAUACCAGUUCCAAACUGUGUCAUAGCUUCAUCAGCAGAGUAAGUUGAACGAACUCCCCCUGCUCGAAGCUGAGGUACUUCAGGUCCAUGCCCCGCCCUUUGUUUCCAAGGAGACCAACUCCAGCCAGCUGAUUGGUCCAGCUUUCAGCCGUGUCCAGAGGAGGAGGAGCUUCAUCAAAAAGAAGAGGCGAGAUCGUGCUGCAGAGGUGUUGCCUAAUGGAGAAACAACCAGUCGUACUGAAAUGUCCUCAGCCACAGAGGACAUCAGUGUUCCAAAGGAUCUGGACCUCAUCGCCUUGCCACAGCUCUGUUUCCCUGGUGGACUCCAGUUAGCCAGUGAACAGAGAGAAGACAGUUAUCACUUCCUGGUUUUCACUGAUGUUUUUGGGAACCGAACCCAUGGAGUUGUUGUGCAGUACUACAGAGCUGUACAGUCCUGUCAGGAAGGUGCUGUCCAGAAUGGCCACAGGUGGAAUUCAUCAAAGUCCCGUCUCUAUACACCCUUUGCUGUGUGUGUCAUCUCCAAGUUCCCCUACUACAAUGCUCUGAGAGACUGCUUGUCAUGUCUCCUGGUCCAGUUGCGGCCUGCAAGACAAGCUGACUUUGAGGAGACAAUAAAGGAAUUUUCAGCUAAGCUGUCCCUGGUCCCUUUACCACCUCCUGGACAGCUCCAUGUGUCAUUCAGCCUCCGUCCCCUCCAAGUGGUUCUUCCAUCAAGGCAGGAUCAGGACAGCCCUGUUAUCGAUAUCGACCUGCAUCUACCUUUCCUCAGUUUCACGCACAGAACCCUGCUCCAGGUGCUGUCCUGCCUCCUUCAAGAGCAGAGGCUGGUUUUCUUCUCUGCUGACUGGGCCAGACUCACUCUGGUCGCAGAGAGUUUGCAGUUGUACCUGCAGCCUCUGUCCUGGCAGCAGCCCUAUGUUCCUGUCUUGGCUCGAGGAAUGCUGGACUUUCUCAUGGCUCCUACAGCCUUCAUGAUGGGCUGUCACAUCAGUAAUUUUGAAGAGGUUGCUGCAGAGACAGAAGAACUAAUCCUGGUGAAUAUUGAUGAUGGCAUCAUUCAGUCGUCAUGGUCUGAAAGCAUUGACCUACCAGCUAUUCCUCUGGCUGCAGCUGAGAGCUUUAUGUCGAGGGCAGAGUGUCUCCAACUUCACUAUGACUUGGAGCUGUGUCACCUCGGAGCGGGCACUGAUGCCAAUGCCCUGCGAUACCAACGCAGAGACUGGCAGACACGCCUCAACGCACAGAUACAAAAUAUCACCCUGGAACUAGUGGUCAACAUUUUCAGAGGCGUUCAGGACUUUCUAAACCAUGAACACAGAGUUUUUAACAGUGAGGAGUUCCUGAGGACCAGGGAGCCAGCAGACCAGUCCUUUUACAAGAAGGUAUUAGAAACUCACAUCUUCCAUUCAUUCCUGCGAGACAGGCUGAACAGGAAACGGGACAGCUUCAGCCGCAUGGAGCAGAACACACGUAACUAUGCACACAGGAAUCGUGCGAUGACCGAGUCUCCUCGGCGUCCUCUCAUGUCUGAACUGUCCAGGACUGGCUACAGCAGCUACACCAGCCCUGAUGACAGACUGAGCAAGAGGCUGGGAGCCAGCCUGCCUAAUCUGGAGCAACCUGCCAAUGACACUAUAACUGCCAUCAGCUCCAACAGACCAGCCUCUUUCAGGAAGAUGACUCCUGAUGUUGGGUUGAAGUUUCCUCAGAAAGUGGUGAAGGUUUUCCGCCUCCCAGACUUCCCCCCUCCGUUGGCCUAUCACUACGUCCAGAGCUAUUAUUCUGAGAUGGUUGCUUCCCUGGGGAAGGCUAUUAACGCUACACCAAAUGAUGAGUCUGCUCUGCUGGCCAGGUACCACUACCUGCGUGGUUUGGUAAACACUGUGUCCAACAGGCGUCUGGAUGCACUGGAGGACUUCCAGAGUCUUUAUAAGACUGACUCAGAUAUCUUCCCUUCUCAGAUGGUUAAGACACUGGUUGACUCUCUGCCAGAAGCUGAGCGGUUACAGGCGGACAGACGGCCAGAACUGAAACGGCUCAUCAGUCGGGUCAAGAGGGACCAGGAGCGGGAACGCGCGCGCAAUGGCAACAGGCACGAGGAAGGUGCCGUGAAGCGCUUCCAACUGCCGAAAAAAUACAUGCAGCUGGAGGAUUUUGUGAAAUGUAUCCAGGAGUCCGGCAUCGUAAAAGACCAAGGAACCAUACAUAGACUCUUUGAUGCUCUAACUGUAGGUCAUCAGAAGCAGGUUGGUCCAGAGUUGUUUAGAGUCUUCUAUACUAUCUGGAAGGAGACUGAGGCCGAGGCACAAGAGGUAUGCUUGCCAGCGUCUGUCUUGGAGCACAUUGAGCCCAGCGAGUGCGUCUUCAAGCUGUCCUCCUCUGUCAAGACGAGCCGCGGUGUGGGGAAGAUCGCCAUGACUCAGCGACGGCUCUUCCUGCUGACCGAUGGACGACCAGGAUACGUGGAGGUGGCACAGUACCGAGACUUAGAGGAGGUGAGAGUGUCCUCGGCUCCCUUCCUGCUCCUGCGAAUCCCCAGCCUGAAGCUGCGUGUUCGGGGCAGGAAAGAGACGUUCGAGGCCAAUUUGAAAACGGAGACUGAGCUGUGGAACCUGAUGGUCAAAGAGAUGUGGGCCGGACGCAACAUGGCUGACCAACACAAGGACCCCCAGUAUAUGCAGCAGGCUCUGACCAAUGCCUUGUUAAUGGACGCUGUAGUGGGCAGCCUUCAGAGCAGUAAAGCCAUCUACGCUGCUUCGAGGCUGAGUCACUUUGACCGCAUCAAGAUGGAAGUGCCGAUGAUGGUUCCCAAGACGACUGCAGAGACGCUGAAGCACAAAAUUAAUCCCUCGCUGGAAUUCGCUGCACCUCAGGCUGUAGAAGUACUUCUAUACACACCAGGUCAGUUAUGGGUGUCUGUGAGCGGGGGGAAGGUAAUGGUGUUUGAUGCCUCCAGCUGGUCCCUCACACACACCUGUCAAGUUGGGAAUGCAAAACUGAACUGUAUGCUGGGAGUUGAUAAGGACCAGGUCUGGAUGGGCUCUGAGGACUCAGUAAUCUACAUCAUCAGCAUGGUGGCUAUGGUCUGUAACAGACAGCUGACUGAACACAGGGCGGAGGUAACCGGACUGGCUCUUGACACAGACAAAUACAGCCAGAGGGUGGCGUACUCCUGCAGUGCAGAGGGAAGCGUCAUGGUGUGGGACGUCUCGACACUACAGGUGAAGAGGCACUUUCGCAUCUCCUGCAACCGUCUGCAGUCUGUCUCCAGCUGUAAUGGAACGCUGUGGUGCUGCUCCAGGGACAAUAUAAUGGAGAUGUGGAGGAACGGCUCAGUGAAACAUCGUCUGAAUCUGCCAGAGCAACAAAAAGGAUCCACAGCUACGUUCAGCAGUGUACUGCUGUUACCUGAGAGGGAGGAGCUGUGGAGUGUUUGUGUGGACUCAGGAGAAGUGUGUAUUUGGCACAUUAAGGACACGACCAAACCAUUUCACCGCGUGGCUCUACAGGACUGCACCGGAUGUUACUGCAUGAUCAAAGUUAAAAACCAGGUGUGGGUUGGCGGUGUUGGCCGCAGUUCUACCAAAGGGAAAAUUUACAUCCUGGACACAGAACGCUACCAGGUCUUGAAGGAGCUUCACGGCCACAACGACAAGGUGUCGGCGCUCUGCUCUGCUGAGGAUCGGUAUAUCCUCAGUGGAGCAGGCAAACACGACGGAAAGAUCGCCAUCUGGAAGGUUGAGUAGAGCGGUUGCCUUUCUGGUAGUGCCCAAGUUCUUAAUGCCAUCGCUCUUUUAAAACCACACUGGGACUUCCUGUGAACUGACCCCAUGUUGAGAAUCUGUGGGAAAAGGAGUGAAGAUCUGUGAUUGUUAAGGGGGGGAUCGAGAUCACAACCUCGACUUGCCUUUUGCAUCUCAGAGACAUGAAGGAAUCACGUGUGAUGUGUCAUGUGACGCAACAAGUUUACAUAAAGUGUCACCAACUGAGCAGCUUCUCCCGCCUGCUGUGAAGUGGUGAUUUGAAAUACUAACAGUACUAACAUGUUAUUUUUCGGGAAUAAUAGGACAAGGACAAGAAUGAAAAAAGAAAAGUGGGCACAAGUUCUGCUGGAUAGGUUAUUUUUAAUGCAAAGUGCUUCACUUUACUGAAGGUUUAUACAUUUUUAGUAUUGUCAUACCAUUCUUUAUUUAAUGCUGUACCCUGUUUUAUUUUCAGUUUGAUCACACUAGUAUUACGUGGGAACAUUGUGUGACUGAGCCUCGCCUCCAAAGGUGUUUUUGACGUGAGUUUCUGCAGCUUAAAGAAGUCAAACUAACUGAAAACAAAACUACUGAGAUUGGAGAUUUCACAAUCACUGUGGGAAAAGCCCUGAAUUUUUUUUUUUUUUUUUUUGAUGGAAGUUAUGCUUUAAUGGACAAUGUACAGUGAUGGGAAAUAUGACGAAAGAGGAUACACACUUGGGAGCUGGACUCAAACUUGUCACAAGUUUAGUCCUACAACUGGAAUCUGAUAAAAACACACAAAAUAAGCACUAACCCCACAGCUCUUGUUGUAUUUCUUUAUCAAAUACUUACCUCAUUGCUAGACAAAGUUUCUACUUUUUUCUCUAUUUAUUUCCCUACGAGAUUAGUUUAAUUUGUGUUACCAGGUAGUUUGUUUUAACAAGUGAAGGAAAAACAUUUUUAUAUAAAUUGCCUCUCAUAUAUUAAAAUAUAUUUAUAGUCUGCAGACAUUUGUGUUCUGUGCAUAUAAGGAUUUCUAACUAGUUAUUAUUACAAUAGUGUUAUUUGGAUUAACUAAGUGAAGCAGGACAGACUGAAGUUUUCUUAUUUUCACAUUUUUCGCAGCCCCUUUUUCUCUCCAAAAAGUGAACUUUCUGGGACUCUUGAAGAAUCGGAAUUAACAGAAAAGAUUACAAGGGGGAUCAUUUUGGUUCAUAUCACCUGAGGUUCAUUCAAAGGUUCAACUUAUCUUUUAUUUAUAUUUUUAUACUCUGUAUAUAACUAGUGAACAUGAACAUAAAAUAUAUUCCACCUGUAAACUAAACUGGUGACAAUGCAAACAACUCAACUGUUUUUGUGAAUAUUGUCUUCACUGACUUUUUAUAAGACUUAACAUGAAACUGUAUGAAAUCUCCAAGACUGUUAACAAGAUUUUCUAAUAUUUAAGCAACAGUGAACAAAGAAAAUACACAAUUUAUAAAACUAA